CACAGAGCUGAGUUCCUCUCAGCUGUCCGCGCCACAGCACCUUGCUGAGCUCCGGGCAGCCCCUCUGCCCCUUCCUGGGGUCACUGUGGAAGGACCAUGGCAGACACCGGGGAGGGGAAAAAGGAGGAGGCUGAUUAUAAAAGACUUCACUGCUUUCCACUGAUUAGGCACACAGACAUGCCCGAGGAGAUGCGCGUAGAGGCCAUGGAGCUGUGUGUCACGGCGUGUGAGAAAUAUGCCACCAACAAUGAGAGUGCUGCCAAGAUGAUCAAAGAGAUGAUGGACAAGAAAUUUGGGUCCUCCUGGCACGUGGUGAUUGGGGAAGGUUUUGGCUUUGAGAUCACUCACGAGGUGAAGAAUCUGCUAUACAUGUUCUUUGGUGGCAGCCUGGCCGUGUGUGUUUGGAAGUGCUCCUGACAUCUGGCUGGGUCCCAGACUCGCUGCAUACAAGAGAUUUCUUCCUUCUCUUGACAGGUUUUGUACAAUCUGGAGGUGGGGCUUUAUUUUUAAUAGUUAAACAUCAAGAUUUUUUUUUUUCAUACUGACGUAACAGUUCCGUGAGAUACAUAUAGUUGGUGUGUGUGUGUGUGUAUAAAUUUGCUAAGCUGUCCUGU